AUGCCCUUAAAUCCAAAACCCUUCCUUAACGGGCUAACAGGAAAAGCCGUGAUAGCAAAGCUUAAAUGGGGACAUGAAUACAAAGGAUAUCUUGUGUCUGUGGACGGAUACAUGAACCUUCAGGUAUGGCAUAUGAAGGGUAGCCGGCAUCACAGACGAGACUAAACUCUGGGUUUAGUCCCUCUGUGAAACAGUGCCAAAAUCCUUGUCCUGGGCCCAAAUCUGUAUACCAGGAUUUGAGUACUUGCUGUAAUUAGUUUGUUAAAAAAGCCAUUGCUGAUUUGCCAAUAAAGAUAAACGCACUUCUGCUUAUUUUUUGAGCCCCUGGUACUGAUAAUUUUUCUGAAAAAAGGAUAGGUAGUGUGAGAAUCUGUUAAGUACGUAGUAACGUAGGGUUUCUGUUUGGCAACAAUGAUCAGAUAGCAUUGCUUUUCUCGCAGCUUGCCAACACAGAGGAGUAUAUUGAUGGGAGCUUAGCAGGUAACCUUGGGGAAGUUCUUAUCAGGUGAGUUUUAAUUGUUACAGUCUUUAAGUUACAGUUCCAUGUAGAUAAAAUAAAAGACUGCUGUAGAUAGAAACUGAAACAGUGGCUGCAUUAAGGUGGUAGUACAUGGCCUGUAAAAUGUAUAAUUUCUCAGGUUUCUCAAACACAUGGUCAAAACAAAACCUUGUUAGAAACAUGAACAAAACUGGAGUGGAAAACGAUUGUGGGAUCAUUACUGGGGUUGUGCCGGCCAGCUUUUGGCUAUUUGCUUUCACCCUGUACCCAGUAAGAAUCCCAGAAGUCUUUGCAAAAGUUAACUAGUCCCAGUCUCUCUCUCUUUUCCAAAGUGGCUAAUUGUAAGGAUAGGAAAUAUCAGACUUAAUGUAUUUGAAUGUCAACCUUUUCUUGUACUUAAUAAUAAUUAAUGAUAGAAUGAGGUUAUUUUGGGUGUUAUUUUUACUAGGUGUAACAAUGUUCUGUAUGUGCGUGGAGUGGAUGAGGAAGAGGAAGAUGGCGAGAUGAGAGAAUAA